GGCUGCCGGAUGUCUGAUCUCCGAAUAACUGAGGCGUUUCUGUACAUGGAUUAUCUGUGUUUUAGAGCACUUUGCUGCAAGGGACCACCACCUGCACGACCUGAGUAUGACCUGGUUUGCAUAGGCCUCACAGGUUCUGGCAAGACCAGUCUGUUGUCAAAGCUCUGCAGUGAAAGUCCCGAGAACGUCGUGUCGACCACAGGUUUCAGUAUAAAAGCAGUGCCCUUCCAGAAUGCCAUCUUGAAUGUAAAGGAACUUGGAGGGGCUGAUAAUAUCCGGAAAUAUUGGAGCCGCUACUACCAAGGAUCUCAAGGGGUAAUAUUUGUAUUAGACAGUGCCUCUUCAGAAGAUGAUUUAGAAACUGCUAGGAAUGAACUGCACUCAGCUCUCCAGCACCCACAGUUAUGCACUUUACCCUUUUUAAUAUUGGCCAAUCAUCAAGACAAGCCAGCUGCUCGAUCAGUCCAAGAGGUCAAAAAAUAUUUUGAACUUGAACCACUUGCACGUGGAAAACGCUGGAUUCUGCAGCCCUGCUCUCUGGAUGACAUGGAUGCACUGAAAGACAGCUUCUCUCAGCUGAUAAAUUUGUUAGAAGAAAAAGACCAUGAAGCUGUAAGAAUGUGAAAUCUGGCAAAGAACACGGGUUCCCAAAGGCC